GUUAAACUCCUUCACUCCUUCUCACACCGCAGAAACGCCAAUCGAGCAGCAAAAAGCGACGACACUAGGCGGCGGCGCACGGCGUGAAUCUGCUCAAACCACACCAAAAUGGCGGACAAGGCGGUAACCAUCAGAACCAGGAAGUUCAUGACCAAUCGUCUCCUUUCCAGGAAGCAAUUUGUCAUUGAUGUGUUGCAUCCAGGAAGGCCCAACGUUUCCAAGGCUGAGCUAAAGGAGAAAUUGUCUAGAAUGUACGAGGUUAAGGACCCGAAUGCCAUCUUUGUGUUCAAGUUCAGAACCCACUUUGGUGGAGGCAAAUCUACUGGCUUUGGCUUGAUCUACGACUCCGUCGAGAAUGCCAAGAAAUUCGAGCCAAAAUACAGGCUUAUCAGGAAUGGUCUUGAUACCAAGAUUGAGAAGUCCCGAAAGCAAAUGAAGGAAAGGAAAAACAGAGCAAUGAAGAUCCGUGGUAUUAAAAAGACAAAGGCAAGUGACGCUGCCAAGGCUGGAAAGAAGAAAUAAACGACUCGUGAUUUUUUGUUUUUUUGUUUUGUUUUGCAUCCUCGAGGAUUAUUAUCAUAUGACAGUGUUACUUUUUGCUUUGCGUUAGUUCGUAGUUCAUGGCUUUUCUUAAUUGUUAAAGUGGGCACAGUUUUCUGGUUGUUACGACUUACGACCCCAAGUUCUUGAAAUUGCUGUAUUAAUCAUAUUUAUUAUCUGCUGAGAAUUUUCUUACAUCCUUGUGGAAUUAUGAUGGUUCUCAAGUUAGGUCU